CGUAGUACUUCGUAACUGUGCCACAACUGGCUGGUUAGCCAUGUACUUAUCUUACUAUACUCUGGAAUACGCAGGUCCGUCGGUCCAUGAAUCCCCAAGAAACCAAGAAGCCCAUCAUCCGUCGUCACCCUCAACCCUCAUCGCCCUCAAAAGAUCAACCACCAUACAACUUCUCAACUUCUCAACUUCUGCACCACUACGCCACUGAAUAGCUGAAACGUAUAUUAUACCUCGAACUCUACGACAUUCCAACUUUCUCCCCGCCAGGUCUCUCACCGUUAUUGAUCCAGCCUUCUUUCUUUGAGGCUGCUGUCAUUAGGCCGCCCAUCAAAUCACCUAGCCGCCCAUAACUACUCCCCUCACACACACAACAUGGCUGCAAGAGGCCCUCCUGGCGCCAGAGCGAACAAUGCUCGCUUUGCGCAGUUCAAACUUGUGCUUCUCGGCGAAUCUGCCGUCGGAAAGAGUUCUUUAGUCCUCCGUUUUGUCAAGGACCAAUUCGAUGAUUACCGCGAGUCAACGAUCGGAGCUGCCUUCCUCACCCAGACGAUUUCGCUAGAUGAGGCUACCACCGUCAAGUUUGAGAUUUGGGAUACUGCCGGACAGGAGAGAUACAAGUCGUUAGCGCCCAUGUACUACAGGAAUGCUAACUGCGCCGUCGUUGUUUAUGAUAUUACACAAGCUUCGUCCCUCGACAAGGCAAAGGCGUGGGUGAAGGAGUUACAGAGACAAGCGAACGAGAACAUCAUCAUCGCCCUGGCCGGCAACAAGCUCGAUCUUGUCACCGAACAACCAGACAAGCGCGUAAUCCAGACCGCGGAUGCUGAGGCAUAUGCUAAGGAGGCCGGUCUUCUCUUCUUCGAGACAUCCGCAAAGACCUCAGAGAAUGUCAGGGAGCUAUUCACCGCCAUCGCAAAGAAGCUUCCCCUCGACCAGGCCGGACCGCGGAACCCACGCUCGGGACCAAGGCCAGGUGUAGAUCUUCGCCCAGAGGCAGCCAACACUCAAGGAGGCGCGGGGUGCUCUUGCUAAGUGAUUACUGUAUGUUAUAACGGUUUAAUGGAUGUUGGGCAAAGGGGUUGCAUGUGGGGGUGGGAGAUUCGUUGUGUUUACGGUUGCUGGCUUUCUCGAUUCCUCAAGGCUCCGGAGAACAGAACUUGCGGCGAUGCGCAUUUGGUAUGCUUCUAUAGGACUAGCCUUUUAAUACCUUGAACUCUCCUUUUUGUUUGUUGGGCAGAGUCGAUGGUUUGGACGCUGUGGCGGGGGGAGCGAGAGAUUGGGUCGUGGUGCUGUUUUUUUAACAGUGUGUGGGAUGUAUAAAGACGAUAGAGCAGCUUCACACGACCUUAGUUAUUAAGAUGAUUC